AUGUCUGGUCUCAACGCGCCCGAAAUCGCCGCGGCCUAUGAUGCCGUCCGCUCCGACAAGGACGAGACUAAAUGGCUCCUAAUCUCGUACGCCAGCGGUGCCGGCAACAACUUGACCCUGACCAAGACGGGUACCGGCGGCCUGACCGAGCUGGCCUCGGAGUUGGACGACUCGCAGGUACAAUACGCCUACGUGCGUGUCGAGUACGCCAACGAUGCCGAGAGCAAACGGGUCAAGUUCGCCUUUAUCAUUUGGAUCGGCGAGAACACAAAGGUCAUGCGCAAGGCUCGCGUGAGCAUUGAGAGCAGCGAAGUCAAGAAUGUUCUGUCCCAUCACAGCAUAACAGUCAACGCUAGCGACAAGAGCGAUCUCGACGAGGACGAUAUCGUCAAGCGGUUACGCAAGGCUGGCGGUGCCGACUACAACGGUGGACGUGGCUGA